UUUUGCAGCCUAAUUUGCAUUAGGCCCACCCACGCACCCCACAGAAGGUUGAAAGUAAUUUCAUUUCCAUUGCAAAAUGUGCCAAAUGCGUGUGGAAAUUACGUUUCAUGUGCUGACAGGGCUUUAAGGUCGCGCUGGCCAUGGGCUUUAGUUCGCCGUUGUGGGCUGGCCAAAUGUUUACUUCGAUGCAGGUCAAAGACAGCCAGGCCAGAAUGGUUGCAUCUGAUCAAACAGAAUCGGAACGAGUCGAGUGCCUAUAAAUACGCACUCAGCGAUCAGAGGGAAAGCUUCUCGCAUCUACUGGCAACCAUGGAUAUCUCCGUGUUGUGGCUGUAUCUGCUCCUCGUGUCCGUUCUGCUGGUGUGCCUGGUGCCCACGGCCGAGUCGACCCUUCUGCUGUGGGCUUGCAUUUACCGGCUGGAAAUCUGCCCCUUCAAGACCACCGUGGCUGGUGGCUGAUCUGAGUAAUUUUUGUUUACGAGUCGACGGUUUUUGAAUAAAUAAAGAACCCUUCCGAAAGCCA